AUGGACAGCCCAAUAAGGAGAGUCAAGGAAGCCAAGAAAGGCCGAUCGGUUCCCGAGUUGAACAACCUGGAGCACGUCAAUGCUCAGCUGAAGGGAAAACUGAAAGUGCUAACGAUCGAGAUGAGAGACGCCGUCGAGAGGAUGAACUCAACGAGCGCGGAGAUGAACUCGAUAAAGAAUGAGAAUGUUUUGCUAAAAGACCGAUUGGCCGAGGUGGAGGAGGAAAACGCUCUGCUCGUUUCUCAAAUCGAAGAAAUGGCCAGCGAAAGAGCAGAGAGGGACGCCGUCAUCGAGGAGUUCAGCACGGCAGUCGAGGCGAGGAUCGUCGAGUGGAAGGAGAUCCUGGACGAAAAGGACCGGACGAUCGCUAAGCUGAAGGAGAACCUGAUGAGCGCGGCGAGCGAUCGGGGAGGAGCGGACGGGUCACCGGGUGUUGGGAGAGGCGCCGAGGUCGAGCGGUUGGUCCGCGACAUUGACCGGCGCGACGAGAUAAUUGCCGAGCUCCAGGCGAAGCUGUCCGAGGCGGUGGUCGAGAUAAACGAGAGCAGCUUGCUCAUCGAGAGGUUCAAAUCGGAUGGUCGACCGCGGGCAACUUCAAAGAGAGGUGUAAAAGAACAGCGAGACGCGAACAAAAAAGCCGAGGAGGCGAGUAAGCGGAUAAGCGCACUGGAGAGUUUGCUGGACAGGGCGGAAAAGGAUGCCAAAGUGAAGAGCGAGCAGUUGUGCGAGGCCCUGGCCAUUUUGAACAAGUACGAGGACGAGGACUCGAGCUUGGCGGAGGCACUGGAGGAAAUAAAAGAACUAAGCUGCCAAGUGGAAAAGAAGAACAAGCACAUCGAGGACCUCGUCGACGUCGUCAACAGGCUCGAAGAGGAGAACUCGCGCUACGAGGAGGCCAUCAUAGUGUUGAGGGACAAACUGGAGGACCUGGAGGGUGAGGAGUUUUCUUUGGACAAUUUGAUUCUCCAUCGGCAAAAGACGCAGGAAGAGAAGGACGACCAGGUACAGAGGAACUACGACCAACUGUCCAGCGAAAACGUCGACUUGAAAUUCCAGAUAAGAAAGUUAAAAACAGCGCUCAAAGAGUCGUUGAGAAACAAAUUAAACAAAACCAAUGACGUGGCGAGCGACGGCGAGCAUGUGGACGAACUGAGCCAUCGGUCGGAAAAGGACCAGCUGGAGCUGGGCCGGAUGAAAGAGAACGUCAAAUGGAUCAUCGAGGAAAACGAAGCCCUGAGACAGGGUAUGCACGAGAUACUGGAUUCCAUUCACAAUCAAGAUGGUAAGAGCAUAGUCACCAUCCAGUCUCAAACUCUGGAGAAUCUGCUCGAAGCCCUGGACGCCAGGCACUUGGCCGGAUGGUACCACCCGGCCAUGCGGUUGCAGGGACGGGUCAACUAUCUUCAAGGAAGCAACGCCGAGUUGCGCGCUCAGCUCCAGCAAAUAAGGCAAAACCAGUUGCGCUACGAGGCAGAGCUGCUGCAACGUUCGAGCAGCGUCGAGGAGGGCGAGUGCCGCCAAACGGGCAGCUCCUCGCAAAACCUCACCCCCGACGUGAAAACCACGUCCGAGCUACCGGUGACGCCCAAGUCCCUGCGAAGCGCGCACUCGCCGAACGCGGACUCGGGCCGGGCGUCGGGCAAGGCAGCCGAGAGCGACGACCUCCUCCAAACGGAGACCCCCGAGGACGGUCUCCACCACGUGGCCUCGGACUCGCCGGGCGACACCCCCAUGAACGACGCCCACGACGACGUCUUCGGCAAAAGGUCCGAGGAGAUCUACGCCAUGGCCAAGGAGAUCGCCGCCCAGGAGAGCGAUUUCAAGGAGGCCCUCAACUCGGCUGAGAAACGCCAGAAGGAGCUGGAAGCCCGGGUGGUGGCGCUGCGCAAAAGCCUGGCCGGCUCCGUGGCGCCCGAGGUCCACGCGGAACUGCGGCAGAGGUACCUGGAGUCGAGUAUACGGCUCAGGGCCGCGUUCGAGGACAAAGUGGCCACGGACGAGGGGGCCAGGGAGCGAGUUGUCCAGGAGCUCAGGGACGAGCUUGUGGGCCUGCACGUGCAACUCUCGCGGCUGGUUGGUGCGAGGGAAGGCGCUAGUUCGAGGCGCCUGGGCGAGCUGGAGGCGCGCGCCGUUGAGCUGGGACUGGAGAACGAGAGGCUGCGGAGGAGCGCCGAGAUAGCGCGCGACGAGGCGCAGACGCACCGGGCCAUAGACUCGGCGGUCCUGGCCGAGUUCAACGAGCUGAGGCGGCGCGUGAUGAGGCUCGAGGCGGACAGCGGGGACAGGGACGUCGGGGAAACGGCGAGGCUUGCGCUCGAGCUCGCCAACUGCAAGGUAGUGGAGACGGAGCUCAGGGAGCAAAAGAGGACCCUCGAACGAGACUUGGCGCGCGCGAGGGAGGAGCUGGGGGUCCCGAGGAAGAACGGGAGGAACAGCGACGGUGGGCAACCGUUGGAGGACGGGUGAGUGGUUUCUUUGUCCAGGGGUGUUGUUGUAUUUAAAAACGUGAUGGCUGGGCGUAGGGAGUACGUCGAGGUGAUUGAUUUUUUGCAACACCAAUACGCCGGCUCGACCUCGCUGAGCGCGUACGAGAGGUACGAGGCGGGCUUGAGCAAACUGAACGGCGACAGGAACGAGGUGAGGGAGCUGGUGGCGAGGAUCAGGGACCAGAGCGAGGGUCUCAAGGUGCAGCAGGAGACGCUCACGGGUAGGCUGCAGAUCGUCGAGCAACUGAAGGACAUGCUGGAACAGCAGAUCGGCAGUAGCGAGGUGCAGGACAUCAUGAGGAGGUUCACCGACGAGAGCAAGAAAGUUUUGGCCGAAUCAAAGUACAAGAUGCAGAUAAGCCAGCUGGAGGAGGAGUCGCGAGACGCGAAAGCCAGCCUGGCGGAGAGCGAGGCCAGAGUUGCGGCGAUGGAGCGCGAGUUGGCCGGGGCGCAAAAAGCCUGGCUGGUGAAAAAGUCGAGCGCGAGGAGAGCCAUUACCGCCGACAAGGUGACCGAGACCGAGACCGCGAAGGUUGUGGAGACAGUGGGAAGAUCCGUCCAGACCGAGGUGAAGGCGGUCGAGGCCGAGACUCAGUGUGCCAUUUACUCCAAAACGGAUACCGAUGGCGAGAAGGAUAACGACAGCGCGGACGAGUCGGAAGAUAAGGUGCUCGUAGCAGGAGCCAACGCAGCCGUAUUCCAAGAACAGCUGAGCCAGGCGUUAAAUCUGGCCUCGGAGCGCGCGGUGGCCCUCUCGAGGUCGGAGAACCACCUGGUGGAGCUGCGGGCCAAAGUCGCCGGGCUGACGAAGCUCCUCGACGAGCGCCAGCCGUUGCCGUCGACGAUCCACGUAGAGACGGCCUUCGAGCUGCAGAAGGACGGCACGGGCCAGCCAUGCGCGGCGACGAGCCACGAAGCCCUGCAGUCGACCAUCAAGGCGUUGGAGAUGAUCGUCGCUCAGAAGGAGGGCACCAUCGCGCGCUACCAGAACCUACUCAAGGAGGACCGGGACAAGCACAGCGAGGCCGCCGCGAGGCUCCAGGAGGAAAUCAGAGGACUCAAGAAACGCCUGGCCGAGACUAACGGCCAAGGUGGUCGCGACCCUCAUGUGUUAGUCUUAUCUUCACUGUCCGAGCGCCCGGAGAGGGAUUCACCAGCCGGAGAGAACGAAGGGUUGGAGGAGACGUCGAUCCUGAGGGAAAAGAUCUCCAGGCUCGAGACGGAGCUCGGCAUCGGCGCCGAACUGGCUGAGAGGUGGCAUAGACUGGCCGAGGACAGGUUGAGGCACAUGGACAGCAUGAGGAAGAGAUUAGAGAGACAGCACAGAGAAGAGAUCGAGAGUUACCGCCAAGAGCUGGUUAAACGGCAGCGCGAGACGGACGAGUUGCGCCAGCAGGUGUCGGAGAGCCGCCGGGCGCCAGCCACAAAGACCGAGGUGCUGUCGUUCAUGAAGACGCUGCAGAUCAAGGACAACCGACUGGCCGACGAGAUCGAGAGCGAGCUAGAAAAGCAGCAACAAGAGCAGCCGCAACAGCUAUCCACAACGUACACGGUCGAGGACAUCGAGCAGUCGCAGUCGCAGCUGGACAACUUGCGCAGACAGGUGCAAGCCUCGAUGGAGCGGGAGAGGUCCCUGAGGAGCGAGAUCUCCGAGCUGAAACAGCAGCUCAGCCGAAGGCACAUGGCCGUCAAGAUCCAGGAGAAAAAGGCCUCGAGGCGCGAGAUGCUGCUCGAACGGAAGACCAGGGAACUGGAGGAGGAGCUCCACGAGGCCAAGGAGAUGCUCGACCGGCACUUUAUGGCGCAACGGGCAAAACGAGCCAAGACGGCGGAGGACCUCGGCUUGUGGGAAAAGCUCAAAAAGUGGCAACAGACGGCCGAGCGGCUCAAAGAGAGGCUGAAGGACAAGAGCGAGGAGUGCCAGCGCCUACAGGCCAACUACGAGAAGCUCCGCAACCUCGUCUCCUGCAUGGAACGCGAGAAGCUCUAUUUGCGCGAGCAGCGCAAGUACGCCGCUGCUGCGACGAGUCGCGAGGCUCCCCAGACACCCCCGACCCCUGACGUCAUUGUGGUCAAUCACGACGAGGCCCUCGUGGAGGAUCUGCGCGCCGAGUGCCGUGAGCUGAGGGCCCGCGUCAAGGAGCUGCUCGCACGGCUCUGCCAGAGGGACAGCGAGAUCGCCAUGCGCGACGAGCGCAAGAGACCGGCAACCAUCGCCUUUGAGGACGACGAGUACGGGAGCGCCGAAGCGAGAAGAUCGCGGGAGCUGCACGAGCUGCUGGAGAAGGAGAACCUGCGACUGGAGGCGGAGAACUUUGAGCUGCGGCUGGAGCUGGAGCGCGCGAACGUGAACCUGCCGAGGUGCGAGGAGAAGAUCCAGCACCUGGAGAAGUACGUGGAGCUGUUGAAGACCGAAAAGGGUGUGGAGGGCCUGCCGCGCCGGGAGGGGCCGCAGCGCACGAAAGCCGAGCUCGAGAGGACAGUGGUCGCCCUCAAGAGCCUCGUCGAGAAACUCCAGCAGGAGAACAAGCGGCUCCGCAGUUCCGUCGUCCAGAGCGACCUCGAGUCGAGAUGCGACUGCGCCUAUUUGCGCGAGGAGUGCGAGCAGGCCAAGAUGCGCGUGGCCUUUCUCGAGACCGAGUUGGAGCUCGCCCAGAGGAGAGUCGCCCUUUUGUCCGAGAGCGCAGGGAAGUCCGGGGAGGACGUCUCGGAGGUGGCUCUGCUCAGGGAGCAGCUGGGACGCAAGUCUGAGCUUUUGCUGAGGGUCAAGGACCUGCUGGCCAAGGCGACCGCCAACGAGAAGGCGCUGAGGCAGCGAAUACAACAGUUAGAAUUCAAGCAAACGCUUUCCGCAAUACCCGAGUGCGGAGCGUCACUAGCCAAUACAUGAAGACAAAUAUUUUCCUACAAUCAGAUGCACGGUAUUUUUUCACUA